GGGUUGAAACACCUCCUCCUAUGGGAGGUGGUGGUCCUGGUUGGUGUGCCAAGCACAUCAAAGCAAUCAUGAAUGUUGGUCCAGCAUUUCUUGGUGCACCAAAGGCAGUAAGUAAUUUAUUCUCUGCUGAGGGCAAAGACAUUGCUCAUCUCAGAAACAUGUCUCCUGGACUUCUUGAUUCUGAGAUUCUAAGACUUCAAACCUUAGAACACAUGAUGCGGCUGUCUCGAACAUGGGACUCCAUUGUAGCAUUGCUGCCUAAAGGAGGAGAGACCAUUUGGGGUAACAUGGACUGGUCUCCAGAAGAAGGACAUGUGUGUGACUUCACAAAGAAAAAACACUUUCAGCCUCCUUUUAUUGACAGUAAUGUCAACAGCAAUGACUUCCAUAGAGCUUUCAAAGUGAAAGAUCCCGUAAAGUAUGGAAGGAUAAUCCCUUUUGGCAAGGCAGCAUCUCAGUUGCAUUUUUCCCAGAUCCCCAGUGUUUAUCCAGAGGACUGGGAAUCCUUUAAUCGAGAAGAUGCCUCUGUUGAGAAUGAUUCAUGAGAUUUUGUUCCUUUUGCUUUAAGUGAGGAAAGCAAAAACUAGUAGGAUACUAAUUUCAGGUUGUAACUUUCUGAUGAAGUAAUGACGGAAAGAAGUACCAAAAUGCUAUGCUUUGGCAGACAUUUCCUUUUCCUGGUUUUGUGAAGUCAGUCACCAUUUAUGAGAGAGAUGUUUCGUAUGCUUAGUUUCGUGGGAAGUCAUAUGUUGAUUAUAAAUUUAUAAGUAUUUA